CCUCUGCUUGUUCAAAGAAAUUGUAGCAGUUGAGCUAGUACGAGCUUGGAACACUGUUCUAACUUCUAACUUGGCUGGAAGCCUGGAACCCUCGACACAGAAGGGGUAGCAGCAAAGCAAAGCAAAGCAAAUAACAAUCCAGUUAUGGCGGAGGCGAACCAAGCCAGCGGCGAGAUUUCCCCAAACAUGACAAUUUACAUUAACAAUCUCAACGAGAAAAUCAAGCUCGACGAGUUGAAGAAGUCGCUAAACGCCGUGUUCUCGCAGUUCGGGAAGAUUUUGGAGGUUUUAGCGUUCAAAACCCUAAAACACAAAGGUCAAGCCUGGGUAAUCUUUGAGGAUGUCUCAUCUGCUACCAGUGCACUUCGCCAAAUGCAGGGAUUCCCAUUCUAUGAUAAGCCUAUGAGGAUACAAUUUGCAAAGACAAAAUCAGAUAUUAUAGCCAAGGCAGACGGUACUUUUGUACCUCGAGAAAAAAGAAAGAAGCAUGAAGACAGAGGAAAGAAGAAAAAGGAGCAGCAUGACUCUAAUCAAGCCGGAAUGGGUCUGAAUCCUGCAUAUGUUGGCACUUAUGGUGCAACCCCUCCUCUAUCACAGAUACCAUAUAUGGGUGGAGCAAUUGCUGCUGUACCAGAAGCUCCUGCUCCUCCAAACAAGAUAUUGUUUGUCCAGAAUCUUCCGCAUCAGACAACUCCCAUGAUGCUCCAAAUGCUCUUUUCUCAAUAUACUGGCUUUAAGGAAGUCAGAAUGGUGGAAGCGAAGCCUGGAAUUGCUUUUGUCGAAUACGGAGAUGAGAUGCAAUCCACUGUGGCAAUGCAGGCACUCCAGGGAUUCAAGAUAAUGGGCGACAAUGCCAUGCUGAUUACAUAUGCGAAAAAGUAAACUGGUAAACAAGUUACCUGCAUGUAGAAUUAAUUGAUGUUUUGAUACUAGAAUAUGGAUGUUGAGCAGCUGUGAUGUUAACCUUAUAAAUAACUUUAUAACUCGUGUCCUUUUCCCUCAUUUUAGAGAAACAAUAGCGAUGUAUCUGUUUCUUGUACUUGAUUACAUGGUGUAUAUGCCAAGCCCCAGUCCUACUGCCUACCUGGUUCUGGUUUCAUGA